CUCAUCAGUGAACUUGUCGACUUCCGCGAGGGUCGGCGCGGCGCCGUCGGCGGUCCUGGCAUUUAGCGAGACAGCGAGAGCGAGCGGCGAUUUGAUGACGGACCGCAGUCGGCGCUCGGCGCCCGUCGUUCGUGUCGUCGCGUAUCGUGUGCGUCGUUGUGUCGUCGUCGACACGGGAGUCACGUCACGAGAGACCGACGAAUAGAGUGGUGAUCGCGCGUCGGGAAAGAGCGUGCAACACCACCACACGCGCGUGCGAGCGCGCGCGCACGCAGCCAGGCGAGCCAAAAUGGCUAAUUGUCAGACUGGUUGGUGCAGCAGGCGAUACCUGUCGUUUAUACGGACUACGCUACUGCUGGCGCGCGAGGACGGCAUGCGCCCGUGUUGGUAGACGACGACCAGUCCGCCGCGUCGCGCACGCACACACACACAUACGCACGCACGCGUGCUCUCUCUCUUUUCUUCUUGCGGCGCCCUGAGACCCACCACUGAGAGUAGAGCAUGGCUUCUGGUGCAUCCUCCUUGGACAGUGCUGGGAGCAGCGAUGGUGCACUUAACAUGGAGGGGGAUAGCGGGAGCUAUGGCAGUGUUGGAAGCCCAGUCGGCGGCCCCGAGUGUCGUAGCGACUAUGAUGGUUUGCAGGCUCAAUGUGAUCAGGCGAUGCAUCAGCUUCAGCUACUUAGGCAUAAGCACUCCGAUACCAUAAGACGGUGUGAGAUUACUAUGAAAGAAUUGGAGUACUAUCGGGGGCAACAUAUAGCAGUCAUGAAUCAACUGGAGGCCACAUCGCAAGAGAGCUCUUCACUGCGAGCGAAAUAUGGCGAACUGGCGAACGACAAGCAACGAUUGGACCGGGAGGUCCAGUCACUUCAGAAGGAACUUUCGGAAUUGCAGCGAAUGCAGAACCAAGAGGUUCUCGUCCCCGAGGCCACGGGCAACGAUGCUAUGAAUCAGCAUUAUCUAUCUGCGCUACGAAAAUACGAGGCUGUCAAGGACGAAUACGAUUCCCUUAGGAAGCGAUACGACGACCUGAUAGCGUCUCAUUCAUCCGCCGUUAAUAAGCUAGAGUUGUCGCAAGAGGAAGCUAAGAGAUUGAAGAAGCAGUACGACACCGUUCUGGAGGAGCGCAACGGCGCGUUUCGCGAGCGCAACGGUCUCAAGCAGCAGUGCACCGCCGCGAUUCGCCAGUGGGACAUCGCGCUGAGGGAGAGGAACGAGUAUCGCGAGGCGCUCGCCAAGGUGCAGCAGCAGCACGAGGAGGCGGUCAAGGAGAUCAAUCAGGCGAUGAUGCUGCGCAUGAAGGCCAGCAAGGAUAUGAAACGUCUCACCGAGGAGCGAAACGCCGCCCUGCAGGAGUACAGCUUAAUCAUGGGGGAGCGCGACACGGUGCACAAGGAGAUCGAGAAGCUGGGCGACGACCUCACGCAGGCGUAUACGAAAGUCACGCAUCUGGAAACGCAGAAUAAGCAGCUCGUUGACGAGAAGAAAACAUUGUCUUAUCAAAUCGAGACGCUGAAGCGGGAGAUCUCUUCCGCUUUGCAAGACCGAGACGACGCCCUGAAGGUGUGUAACGAGUUACGGCAGAAAUUCGGCGAUUACUCCGAGGGCUCUAGCCGGGACUACAAGCAUCGUUUGGAACUGAAUUCGCUCAGUCACGAACGCGACAGUGUCAGCAAGGAGGCCGAGAAGGAGACCAACACGAGGGAUUACGCGACGCGAGACAAGCAGCGCAUGGACAACUUGGAGCAGGCCAAUUUGGAGCUGGAUAAACUCAGGAAGUCCGUGGACACGCUGCAAGCGGAGCUCGAGGAGGCCAUUCAGGAGGCCGAGGUGUCGAAGAGGCGGCGAGACUGGGCCUUCAGCGAGCGCGACAAGAUAGUGCUGGAGCGGGAGAGCAUAAGGACUCUGUGCGACCGAUUGCGGAAGGAGCGCGAUCGCGCGGUCUCCGAAUUGGCCGGCGCCCUGCGCGACUCCGACGACAUCAAGAAGCAGCGGAACGAAGCGUCGAAAGAGCUGAAGGAUCUGAAGGAGAAGAUCGAGUUCGGCGAUCACGCGCUGCGCACCAAUCAGCUGAUUGACGACAGCAACGACUGGGAGAUGAUCCCGAUUCACGUUGAGCCCGGUAGAAUCUGCCUGGACUCGGAUCGCGGCGACCUGGGGCUGAUCCUCGUCGGCGGACGCGACAGUCCGUACUAUCCGAACGACACCGGCGUCUACGUCGCGCAGGUGACGCAGGGCAGCGCCCUCGACGGCAAGCUACGGGUGAACGAUUGCAUCGUGCGUGUGAACAACGUCGACUGCACGUCCGUGUCGACCCGCGUGAUCCUGGAGACUCUGCGCUCGUCCACCGUGAAUCCGGCGACGCUGAUUGUGAAGCGCCGUCGGAUAACUAGACGGUCAUUGAGAACUACGCAGCUGUCGGUCGGCACAGUGCCGCACGGCAUUACUCUGGAGCUUGGAAUCUACAUUUCGAAAAUAUCGCCCGGCAGCUUGGCCGCCAAGGAUGGAAAUCUUGCCGUGGGAGACAGAGUGUUAAACAUUAAUAGUAAACCCAUGGACACCAUAACUACGGUGCAUGAAGCGAUGUCCAUUCUAAACGACGACACUGUGGACGUGCUGACCAUCACGACGUUGAAAGGUAUUCCGGUGCCCUCCGCCGCCAGCUCGGAGACGAUAGACGGCAGUUUCGUGGCGGAGAAGCAAAAGAUGGUAAACAGCUGCUCGCAAACCGAGCAGGAGAGAAUGAUGCUGAAAGCCUCGUCGGACGACUACGAGAGGCGGUAUCUGUCGACGAACUUUGCCGACCGCAACGUCUACAAGGCCGCGAAAUCUGUGAGCGGCGAGAAAUCGAGCGGGAUCAGCAACGCCUGGGACAACUUUCGCGAAAAGAUCGACAUAGUGCGCGGCCGCAAGCACAGCAAGGAGCGCGACGAGAGCAAGAAGAAGGGCCAUCGCAAUUCUAGUCCGAACACGUUCGAGCAGGAGCAGGACGCGAUAGCGGAGCUGGACUCGGUGAUCGACAGCUACCACAAGAAGGCGAGCAACAGCAACAACGGCGUGCUGAAGCGCAGCAAGCGCCGCGGCGCCGAGAAGAUCGAGAAGAACGGCGGCACGUGGCCGAAGGCGCGCGUCGGACCCCUCAUACAAAAUGGGACCGGUACUAUACUGCACCCGCGCAAAUCGAAAGAACGCUUCCCCCUAAGUGUACUCCUGCAUCCACCAAAAUACGAUAGCUAUACCAAUUACAACCGUAUCUCCAACCCCAUCCCCCUGACCAACUUUUCCAAUGUCAAUAAUCGUCAUACCGUUUACAAAGCAGUGGAGACCCCGUUACCGAGCUUCAAGACCGGACAGCUCUUUAGCCAGAAGCCGUCGUUCACGCCGGCGGUGCAGUUCAAGGACAUACCGAUCGACGGCGGCAGCAAGAAGCCACCGUCGACGGAGUUCGAGAGCAGCGCGUCGGAGACCGGGCGGCUCGGCUCCGGGCUGGCGCCGUCCGAGACCAGCAUCGACUUCUCGGUCAAGUCGUCCGGCGGCGCCGGCCGCGACGUCGACUCGUACUUUGCGAACAAACGGCCGCAAAAGUACACGACCGGCAGCAGUAGCGACACGCAGGUGACCACCGACACGCUGCAGCACAACCGCGUGCACUCGCAGCUCUACUCGUCGGGCAUCGGCGGCUCGUCCACGUCCGCCGCGUCGACCACCAGCGGGCCGACGUCGCGACAGCAGAUGGCACCCGGUAACUUUCCCUUUUCCCCGCAUCACCCGUACGCCAUCACGUCGUCGCACCUGCACCAUCUGCAUCCGCAUCCCACCACGCAACACCACCAGAACUCCCUGCCCUCGCGCUAUCCCUCGCCGCCGUCGCUGCCGUCCGCGCAAUCGGGCGAGUCCAUCGGCCUGCCUGACGCACGUACCUACUGUUUCGAGCCCCCGUACAGCCCCGGGCCCUCGCAGGCGAAUCCAACCACUUUCGGCCACCUGCACACGCCCUCCGUAGAUCUGCACUAUCACAAGCCACGAGCGCUACCGCUCGGUAUACCCUGCGACACGUCCAUCUACGGGCACGGAUACGAGGGCGGCACGUUGCCGGGCCGUAAGGAGGACCAGCGCAUCCGUAUACCGUCCAACACCAGCGUCACGUCCAAGAGCAGCGUCGGCAAACUGUCCACCGGCAGCAUCGAGAGAACGUCCGAGCGCGGCAGCCCGAUGCCGACGUUCCACGUGGAGGUGUUGAGCCCGGGCACCGGUAGCACCAGCGGGAUCGGCAGCAGCAGCGGCGGCACCGUCAGAGGAAGCAGCAGCGGCGGCGGCGGCGGCAGCAACAAGCGCGCCAGCAUGCCGGAUUAUUGUUACUCCCAGCCACGACCGGCGCCCGGGGAGCUGCGCAGAGUCCACAUAGACAAGUCCGUGGAGCCGUUGGGAAUCCAGAUCUCGUGCCUGGAGAGCGGCGGCGUGUUUGUCUCCACCGUGUACGAGCACAGUCUGGCGUCGCAGGUCGGCCUACAGAUCGGCGACCAGUUGCUGGAAGUUUGCGGUAUAAAUAUGCGGAGCGCGACCUACCAGCUGGCCGCCAAUGUUCUACGUCAGUGUGGUAACUCGAUUACAAUGCUGGUGCAGUACAGCCCGGACAAAUACACCGAGUUAGAAGGCUCAGCGUCCUCGAGUUCGUCGGAAGCCGGCGACGGUGCGGCGACCGGAAGUCGCAGCGGUUCGCCGACGCCGUGCAACAGCCCGGAGGCACCGCGUAAAAGCGCAGUGGAGACGCUGGAGCCCGCCGAACCUGAGCGGGACGCCACCAUCACUAUCGCCACCACCGCCCCCACCGUCACCACCACCGCCGUGCCGACCAUGAGCACGCUGCGCGUCGAGCACCUGCGGCCGUCUGCCUCGCUGGAGGUGAGAAGCACGCAGGAGCGGGAGGGGCGCGAGAUGAGGCCGUCCGCGUCGUUGGACAUCAACAUCCGCAAGCCGGAGCUACGCAGCGCCGCCACGCUCGAUCGGUUGAGUCGCGCGCAGAUGAUGCGGCAGAACGCGAUGAGGAGCCCGACGCAGGAGGAGCAGAACCGAAAACCGCCGCCGACCGGCGAGCCCCGGUAUCUGCUGAUCGAGACCAGGAAAUGCUCGAACCUCGGCAUAUCGCUGGUGGGCGGGAACGGUGUCGGUAUCUUCGUGCAUUCCGUUCAGCACGGCUGUCUCGCCGAGGAUGCCGGUCUGUUCGCCGGGGAUAGGAUUCUGGAGUACAACGGCGUGGACCUGAGGCAGGCGACCGCCGAGCAAGCCGCGCUCGAGCUCGCUCGGCCGGCGGACAAGGUGACGCUGGUCGCUCAGUACAUGCCGGAGCGAUAUAACGAGGUGAAGGACAAACCGGGCGACAGCUUCUACGUGAAGGCGCUGUUUGACAGGACCAGCGAGGUAGGCGACAGCUUGCAGCUGCGAUUCAGCAAGGACGACAUCCUAUACGUGGACAAUACCAUGUUCAACGGCACGCCGGGCCACUGGCGCGCCUGGAUAGUCGAUCAGACCGGUCGUAGGCAGACUUGCGGGAUAAUUCCCAGCAAAUUUAAGGUUGAAGAAGAAUUGCUCCUACGACGGUCUCUAGGCGACUUGGAACAAGACACUGGCAAACGCAGCGAUACAAGGGCGAGAAGAAGUUUCUUCCGUCGGAAAAAACAGCAGCAACGGUCAUCCAGCAGUAGAGAUAGCACUAAGGAAAUAUCACAUCUGACGGGAGUCAAUUUGGGAUGGUACAGCGACAGUGGAACGUUAAACGAGGAUACCCUUCCUGCGAGUUACCAGCGCGUCGAGAGAUUCGAUUAUCCUACUCUGAGACCCGUGCUGAUCAUCGGUCCGCUCAGCGAAAGUGUGGUAACGAAACUUUUACAGGACUACCCGGGACAGUUCACCAGGUGUCUGGCAGAGGCGAUGCAUUGUUCGCAGUCAACUUUGGAACAGGGAUUACGCGAUGCGCUCUACGUGGAUUACAAGAAGAAGGGCAACUAUUUUGAAUGCACGACAGUGCAGGCCGUUAAAGAGCUAUGCGAUAAGAAUAUGCACUGUAUUUUGGAUGUAUCGAUGGCUGCCAUCGAGAGGCUUCAUAGACAUCAAAUUUACCCUAUCGUCCUAUUAAUCAAAUUCAAAGAUAGGACGCAAAUCAAAGAGGUAAAGGACUCCAGAUAUCCGAGCGACAAAGUCAGCACGAAGGCUGCGAAAGAGAUGUUUGAGCAAGCGCUCAAGAUAGAGGCGGAAUACAAGCAAUAUAUCUCCGCCGUGAUUCCGGCGGGCGUGAAUGUGGCAUAUAUAUGCACACAGGUGAAAGCCUCGCUAGAUGAGGAACAGAGCAAAGCGCUGUGGAUUCCUAGAGGGGGUCCCUGACACAAAAGGGGGGGUCCCCACAAGCCGCAGUGGAAAUCAAUCUAAAUUCCACCAGGGGGCCCUUACGUCGUGCAUAUAUGCGAAAAUUGUGCAAAAUCUUCUUUUGCAAAAGUUCUUUUAUUUAUGGUCUCUUGAUUUCGGAAGAAGGAUACGACACGCUCCGCAGAUUUCUUUUUUUUUUUUUUUUCUUUUGCUUGACGAAGGAAUCGCUCAAUUUGGUUGUGAUAAGACGAAUUUUUGCGAACCACAUUUUGUUUUAGCGCAUUUAACUCGUUGAGUUAUCACAGUGUGAAACAGGUACGUACAAGUAUUUCAGUUUCCGUCGCGGUUUUUUUUCACUUAUCAUUCGAAAGCUGAAUUAUUUUGCAAACUUUUAGCUUAUACGAAGUUAUUUUCGCUUUUAUUUCCGCAUCAGUAUGUCAAUAUAUAGCUCAUCUUUGUGAUCACCGUAAAUCUCUAUUGACUAAUCUAUAGAAAUCUAUAAAAGCUACAAACUGAAUUUAUUUUUGAAUGAUUAUCUUUCUCGUGUUCUUUUUUGGAAUUUUACCUUCUUGAAGAAUAUUGCAAGUGAAAAGUAUUGAAAUACCAUAAAAUUAAUACUGGCUAUUUCAAGUAUUCACUUGCUCAUUGCUGAUGACAAAAUAGAAAAAAAAUAGAGCAUACAAUUCGUGUUCAAUAGUCAAUUUGCUUGUGCGAAUAUUGCAAGUGAAAAAGCCAUGAAAUUUGUGCUGGCUCUUUCAAGUAUCUACUUGCUCAUUGUUGAUGGGUGAAAAAAAUAGAGCAAACAUUUCGUGUAGUCAAGUUUGCUUUGAUCUCCGAUCGCGUAUAAAAUCAAGCGAUGCAACGGGAAAAUGCAGCUAAAAUUGAUAAGAUCAAUAAUUCGUACGAGACCAUAAAUUAUUAUGAAAAAAAAAUACUCGUCGUAUUAUGGCCCGUUACAAAAUUGGUGGAUUAAUAUUGAUGAAGUGACUAGAAAUUGAUUAGAAAAUAAGUUGAGGCCGUUUUGACGGCUGUCAAAUUGCUAAUUAACCCCUCAGAUCAAACUGAUGUACAGAUUAAAAUUGAUUGGAAGUCGAUUAUUUUAAGUAGUGAAAUUGUGCAUAAAAUAUAUCAAUAUUACGUUGUAUAUAUAUUCAUAACAUUAAAUUAUAUUAUAUAACGUAAUAUUACACAUCA